UGUGCUAACUUCAUCAAGGUGCUUAAAGCUUAUAACCAGACUCAUUUGUAUGUUUGUGGAACUGGAGCUUUUCAUCCUACGUGCACAUACAUUGAAGUUGGAGGACAUCCUGAGGACAACAUUUUCAAGCUGGAAGAUUCACAUUUUGAAAAUGGCAGAGGAAAAAGCCCUUAUGACCCUAAACUUCUGACAGCUUCUCUUUUAAUAGAUGGUGAACUUUAUUCAGGAACAGCAGCAGACUUUAUGGGGAGAGAUUUUGCCAUUUUCCGCACUCUGGGGCACCACCACCCAAUCCGGACUGAGCAGCAUGAUUCCCGAUGGCUUAAUGAUCCCAGGUUUAUUAGUGCUCAUUUGAUCCCUGAAAGUGACAAUCCAGAAGAUGACAAGAUAUAUUUUUUCUUCCGUGAAAAUGCAAUUGAUGGGGAGCAUUCUGGAAAAGCCACACAUGCCAGAAUAGGACAGAUCUGUAAGAAUGACUUUGGUGGACAUAGAAGUCUUGUCAACAAAUGGACAACUUUUUUGAAAGCACGAUUAAUGUGUUCUGUGCCAGGACCUAAUGGCAUUGACACCCAUUUCGAUGAACUCCAGGAUGUGUUUCUAAUGAACUCAAAAGAUCCUAAAAAUCCAAUAAUCUAUGCAGUAUUUACAACUUCCAGCAAUAUCUUCAAAGGGUCAGCUGUUUGUAUGUAUAGCAUGACUGAUGUGAGACGGGUGUUCUUGGGUCCAUAUGCUCACAGAGAUGGUCCCAACUAUCAGUGGGUCCCAUACCAAGGAAGGGUGCCAUACCCACGGCCAGGAACUUGUCCAAGUAAGACAUUUGGAGGCUUUGACUCAACCAAGGACCUACCUGAUGAAGUCAUCACAUUUGCAAGAAGCCACCCAGCCAUGUACAACCCUAUAUUUCCUAUUAAUAACCGGCCCAUUAUGAUCAAGACAGAUUUGGACUAUCAAUUCACACAAAUUGUAGUGGAUCGGGUAGAUGCAGAAGAUGGCCAGUAUGAUGUCAUGUUCAUUGGAACAGAUAUUGGGACAGUUUUGAAAGUAGUUUCUAUUCCGAAGGAAACCUGGCAUGAUUUGGAGGAAGUUUUGCUGGAAGAAAUCACUGUCUUUUGGGAACCCACAGCUAUUUCAGCCAUGAAGAUUUCCACAAAGCAGCAACAGCUCUACAUUGGCUCAGCUGUUGGAGUUUCCCAGCUUCCUUUGCACCGCUGUGAUGUGUAUGGGAAAGCUUGUGCAGAGUGCUGCCUUGCUAGAGACCCAUAUUGUGCUUGGGAUGGUGCUUCCUGCUCUCGCUACUUCCCCACUGCUAAGAGGCGCACUAGACGACAGGAUAUCCGAAAUGGAGACCCUCUAACUCAUUGCUCAGACCUGCAGCAUCCUGAUAAUCCAAGUGGAACUGGGCUUGAAGAAAAGAUUAUCUAUGGCGUAGAGAACAGCAGUACUUUCCUAGAGUGCAGUCCAAAAUCUCAACGUGCUCUAGUCUACUGGCAGUUUCAGAAGCAAAAUGAUGAGCGAAAAGAAGAGAUCAAAGUAGAUGAUCGUUUAAUCCGGACAGAGCAAGGUCUUCUGCUACGGAGCUUGCAGCGGAAGGAUUCAGGACUUUACUUCUGUUAUGCUGUGGAGCAUGGCUUCAUGCAAACGCUCCUCAAGGUGACCUUGGAGAUCAUAGAUACAGAACAUCUUGAAGAACUUCUUCAUAAAGAAGAAGAGGGUGAGAGUUCCAAGAUCAAAGAGGCUUCCAACAGCAUGACUCCCAUCCAAAAAGUAUGGUAUAGAGACUUCAUGCAGCUCAUCAAUCAUCCCAACCUAAAUACAAUGGAUGAAUUCUGUGAGCAGGUGUGGAAACGGGACCGCAAACAACGCCGACAAAGACCUGCUAAUGCCCAAGUGAACACAAACAAGUGGAAGCAUCUACAAGAAAAUAAGAAAGGUAGGAAUCGAAGGACCCAUGAGUUUGAGAGGGCACCACGAAGUGUCUGAGCGACAAUUACCUCCAAAAACCUUCUCUCCAAGUAGAAACUUGCAUAACUGGAAAUGAGAUGCAAUAUAGAUGAACGCUUUCUAUGGCAUUUAUGUGGAUGUUUACAAAGAGCUGGGAAACUUAAAUGAUUUCCACUCAAUUGAAAAUGUACCCAGUUUGCUGAAAGGUUUCCCAUUGGGCUUGUCUCAUUGAUCCCUGACAUUUCUGGAACAUAAGUUCACUCUGAAACUAAUAUAUUGUUUCAUGGUUCUGCAAUGAGAUGAACUUGACAUUUCCCUUUGGACUGAAGUAGAGGAGUGUCAUCUGUCAUUCUGCCAUUUUGAAAAGAAUUAAGAGGGGAGGAGAAAAAAAACUGCUCUCAUGAGCUCUGUGACUUUUCUUGAACUUAAUAAAAAACUGCAUGGAUUUUGGAAAGCUGAUGAAUGGAACCUUCACAUUUGGUUGUAUGCAAGACUUUUACACCCUUUUGGCCUACUAGUUCUCUUGUUUAUAUAUGUACUGGAAGAAUGAAAUUAAUACUGUAUGCAAUUACUUAUUAGAGUCAUAUGGACAUCAACCAUUAAUUAUCUGAAGCCGUGGCAACAGCAGAUGGAUUACUCUGACCCUACUACUGAUGACUUCCUUAACAUUUGACCUAAAGAUGUAUUUUAUUAAACAACUAUUUAAAUAUACCACAACCA